AUACCUGAUUGCGUACAUUACAAAAUAUAUUCGAUCCAGCUAAAACGAAAGCUACAAUGAAAAAAAUAAUUAAUACAUCAAAGCCAAAGCGCAAGUCCACUUCCAUGAAAGUGGAGGAGACUAAGCUAGACGAGGCGCGCUGGGGUAAGCCGCAGACAAAGGAAGGUGAGUCUGCAAAUGGGAUAGCAAAUCCCUCAAAUGACGAUAAAAAGGAGCUGGCCAAUUUCAAAGCCACCUUCAAUUCCUGGGCCCCCGAGAAGAAACGCGAGAAGAUGCACAAGGUAGGCGUCAUCUUAAUAUCCAACAUACCCAAGGACAUGGACGGGGACUGCCUGAAGGAAAUCAUGAACUUGCACAGCGUCGUCGGCAGAGUUUACGUGCAGCCGGAAACGCUGUCAAGUUUCAAGACAAAGAAGAACAUGCGUAAGGGCUGGGUGGAGUUCAUUUCGAAAAGUGGGGCCAAAAAAAUCGCUCUAGAGCUGAACAAUAAGCCUAUAACCGAUGGCAAGUCGUCCCGAUUCCGUGGCUUGCUGUGGAAAAUGAAGUUCCUGCCACGCUUCAAGUGGUACUAUCUAACCGAUCGCAUGGACUACGAGCUGGCGGUUUGCAAAGUUCGCGUAUGGUCGCAGGCCCGCAAGCGGGCCACCUUCUGGUACGAUCCCGACCAGAUGGAGUAUUUCAAGAAGCAAGUGAAGAAGAUGAAGAAGAUGAAGAAGGUCAAGGAAGCGGAGAUGGCUACCAGGAAUGCGGAGAUGGCUGCCAAGAAAGCGGAGAUGGCUGCCAAGAAAUUGAAGAAGUCUGCCUGAGUUCACGCUAGACCUUUGCUUCCAAUGUCUACCUGACUGCAAAUAUACUUCAAUAAAGUAAAUCAAAUC